GUCUGGAUAAGACGAAUGGACUGACGAAUGCGGAUGUCUUAUUGAAUAGGCUAACCUCAAAAUUUGACAGGAUCUCAGAACACACACGUUGAAAGGGUUGUUUUGAAGUGCAUCGUCAUUUGAAUGCCUCAAAUUACCAUUAACGCAUCAUGUCAUUUUCGGGAAAAGUUGCACUUAUUACCGGAGCAGCUCAGGGCUUUGGAAAAGCUUUCUCGGAGGUCCUGUUGAAGCGAGGGGCUAACGUUUGUGUUGCCGAUAUCAAAGUCCAAACAGGGGAGGCAACCGUGUCUUCUUUCCAACAGCAGUACAGCAAAGACAGAGCUUUCUUCGCUAAGUGUGACGUGACACAAGAGAAUGACAUCAAGGCCACAUUUGAUGCUGUGAAGAAACAAUAUGGUCGACUGGAUUUGGUGAUAAACAAUGCUGGCAUAGCUGAUGAAGGGGCAUGGAACAAAAUGAUUGAUAUUAACCUGAAGGGAGUUGUCAUGGGGUCUCAGUAUGCAGUGGAAGCUCUGCGACGUGACAAGGGAGGAAAUGGAGGCCUUGUUAUUAAUGUGUCGUCUGCUGCAGGUCUGACACCAGUCUAUAUCACACCAGUGUAUGCAGCUUCCAAGUUCGGUGUUGUUGGUUUCACACGAAGCUGGGCAGACAAUCCUCGUUUGGAAUCAAUGGGUGUUAGCUUCUGCUGUUUCUGUCCAACAUUUGCUGAUACUGAGAUAAUGAAAGGAGUUGAUGAUGGCAAAAAGUCUCUGUAUGCUGAUGAUGCACGGGAACUGGUGAAAAUGCUGGGUGUAAUGUCAGUGAAAGAGGUGGUUGAUGCCUUUGAACAACUUCUGGACCUUCCUGAUAAGAAUGGUGUAAUAGUGACAGUUACUAAACGAAACGGAAUAAACAUAAAAACACCAAAUAUGACUAAUAAACUUUGAUCACAUAUUGAAGACCUAAAAGAUAGGGAGUGAAUCUGUCAUCACUUCGUGUUCAAGAUCAGCUAAAUACAUUGUAUUCAGAUGAUCAACAGAGCUUGCAAUGCAUGCAAGCCACAUAUUAGUCUGCCAACUUGGCACCAGUUCAGUCUAGAUCUGUCAUUUGAGUGAAUAAUGAUUCCACUUAGAACCACCCCAUUCUUCCAUAUCACUCUACUGGUAGUUACUCAGGUAUUCCUUCUUCAGCGUAGAACGUGUAGGUAGCAUGAUUCAACAGAACAUCAGAUGGUAUGGCGAUUACAGACAUAUAGUAUUUCUCAGGUAGUUUUGUAUCUUGGUUUUUCAAAUUGUUUGCAAUAAAUUAUAUAUAUUUUU